GAAACUCGACACUGAGCAUCAAAGACAGCAAACUGUUUAGGUUCAUCUUCAUCUGCUUCGAUUCGUGGAUGAGAUGUGACCAUGAUGCCAUACUUCCUUGCAGAUAAAUCCUUCUUACUCGACUUAGCAAGAAGAAUGACUCGAGAACAAAUCUGCAUGUCGCCAUCAACGUCAACAAGCAACGUGGGAAGGAUGAUAGGAGCGGGAAAAAGAAUGUGGCAUGAUUCAUCCCCUCUCCCUGCAACCUCCAAUCUAUGCCAUGCUAUUGCUCCCCUUUAAAGUUGACUUGGCGAACCUAUUCAUACAACACCUAAGCCCCCCCCUAGCCUUAAUACAUCCCAUCCCAUCAUUGCUUCCAUUCUGUGGCUUGGCGGCUCUCAUGAACGCCACCAUGAGCAUGUUGAGCAUGGUGGAGGCGAAGCUGCCUCCAGGUUUCAGGUUCCACCCGAGGGACGACGAGCUCGUCUGCGACUACCUCGCCGCGAAGGCCGCCGGAGGCAGCACCGAGAGCGGUUCCAUGAUGAUGGUGGAUGUUGAUCUCAACAAGUGUGAGCCAUGGGAUCUCCCUGCUGCCGCAUGUGUUGGGAGCAACGAGUGGUACCUCUUCAGCCUUCGAGAUCUGAAGUACGCGACCGGGCAGCGGACCAACCGGGCGACCAUGUCAGGCUACUGGAAGGCCACAGGGAAGGAUAAACCAGUGACCCGAAAAGGAUUGCUGGUUGGGAUGAGGAAGACUUUGGUGUUCUAUCAAGGAAGAGCUCCCAAGGGGAAGAAGACAAAGUGGGUCAUGCAUGAAUUCCGCAUGGAAGGAUCUGAUGGUGCUCCAAAGUUGCCUUUCAAGAGCCACGAGCAGGUUUAAGGCUUACAUUAGAGCUUUGUUGGAAGAUCUGCAAGGAACUUAAAUUCUUGACCACAUAAAUCCAGAUGCAUAAGUACAUAAAUUUAAAGACAACAUGGUAAAAGUUGUUGAUUUAGAUUAAAUCAUAAAUCUCUAUCCAGAGAUAGAACUAUUUAUGAAACUUGUUUAACUGUGGACACAGUGAGGUCUGAUAAAAGUGGGAUGAUUCAGAAAAGGAACAGUGAUAACACUUAAAACUGCAGACAGAAGAUAUCUUGAUAGAUUAGUGGAGUUAAAGAACAGACUGGGCCCUAUGUAGAGUCUUCUGCAACAACAGAAGGAUCUCCACCAUGCCAAGCAUGGAGGCAAGCCAUGAAAACUCGGGUUCACAGUCCCUCUCAGCUCUAAUGGACAACUGCAUCACCUUUGGCCAAACCCCUUUCUACUCAGAGGGGUUUGAGCAGGUGCCCUGCUUCUCCAGCCUAUCUCCAAGCUAUGUAUCCCAGUGCCAAGACUUUGUCCUAACAAAAUGUUGAGCUCAAACUGAUGGUUUGCCUGAGUUGAACUCUGGAUGGAUCACCACUUGCGUGCUGACUACUUCAAUCCGCGCGCUGGAAGGAUCACCACCCUCAACAGCCAGAAGCUCCCCAUUCUAAGAUUCGUCCAAAUGAGUGCUGUAAGGGGACUCCUCCGCCCGAAUGCCAUCAGAUCACCGCACUGGAAUGUCAACGCUCACAGCAUCGUGUACGCCUUGAGGGGAUGCAGUCGGGUGCAAGUGGUGGGACAUCGUGGUCAGACCGUAUUCGUUGGAGAGCUCCGUCAGGGUCAACUACUAGUCGUUCCACAGUACUUUGCUAUGAUGUUCCAAGCGCAACGCGAGAGCUUCGAAUGGGUCUCCAUCAAGACCAACGACAAUGCCAUGGUCAACCAUUUGGUGGGGAAGACAUCGGCUUUCCGUGGCAUGCCGGUGGAGGUGCUGAUGAACUCGUAUUGCAUCUCUAGAGAGGAGGCCAUGCGGCUAAAGUUUAACCGUGGAAAUGAAUUGGCCCUCUUCACUACUAAGAUCGAGAGGGAAGCGAUCAGAACUUCGGCGUAACGUAAUGGAGAGUGUGGCUAGAGGCGAAUAAAGCUGGGGUUUUAUGGAUAGAAACCUUGGAGCAUGACUGGUUUGAAGUGAAUAAAAGUUGUGGGCAACAAGAUGUUUGUAGCAUCAGCUCUCAACUCAAAUAAAUUAGGUUCCAUGUUUGGAGCUUUCUUC